AAUUUGGAGUUUGCAAACCACAAAAACCCUCUGACUGAAUACCUUACAACCGCCGAAAAUGGGGAGAAAGAAGAAGCAACAGCAGCAGCACACAAGAGAAAACGGCGGCGCCGGAGGGAAAAAUCAAGAAGAGCUGCUCAAAACCCUCGGAGACUUCACGAGCAAAGAGAAUUGGGACCAAUUUUUCACCAUCAGAGGCACCGAUGAUUCCUUCGAAUGGUACGCCGAGUGGCCCCAGCUCCGAACCUUACUCACGGCCCAGCUCUUAUCGCCACCAUCACUACGGACGCCGGAAUCCGCCGGAGUACAGUCGGAGGAGGUGGCUAUUUUGGUGCCGGGUUGCGGGAACUCGAAGCUGUCGGAGCAUUUGUACGAUGCCGGGUUUCUUAAUAUAACAAACGUUGAUUUCUCAAAGGUUGUUAUUUCCGAUAUGCUGCGGAGGAAUUUGAGAGAACGCCCUGGGAUGAAGUGGCGCGUGAUGGACAUGACUAAUAUGCAGUUUGCAGAUGAGUCUUUUGAUGCCAUUGUCGACAAGGGAGGACUGGAUGCUUUGAUGGAGCCUGAGCUUGGUUCGAGAUUAGGGAAUCAAUAUUUAUCUGAGGUAAAAAGGCUUUUAAAAGCUGGAGGAAAAUUUAUUUGUCUCACCCUCGCGGAAUCCCAUGUGUUAGGUCUACUUUUCUCCAAGUUCAGAUUUGGGUGGAAAAUGAGCCUUUAUACCAUUGCUAAGGAACCAUCCUCAAGAAACAUAAAACUACAGACCUUUAUGGUGGUAGUUGAGAAAGAUAUUUCAACUUCCGUUUCUGAGAUAUCAUCGUUCAUGGAUGAAUAUUCUGUUGAAUCUCAUGGUAAUCAGGCUCGGGAACUCUACGAAGCACUUGAAAGAGAACGGAAGGUUCGCUCGGAAUACUCCAAUGGCGGUGAUAUAUUGUACUCACUUGAAGACCUGACUUUAGGGGCGAAAGGAAACCUUAAAGAGCUUGAACCAGGUCGUAGGUUAAAGCUUAUUUUAGGUGAACCUGGGGUAUCCCGUUUCUAUAAUGCUAUACUAUUUGAUGCUAAGCCAGAUUUGGGUCAAGAUUCGGAUGACGAUAAGGAACCUAUCUCCUAUCAGUUUGCUGCAUUCAUCGUUCCAAAAAUGCGGGUCGAUGAUUGGCUCUUCUCAUCAGAAGAAGGACAAUGGCUCAUAGUCGCAACCUCGAAGGCUGCUAGAUUAGUGAUGAUUUUACUGGAUUCCAGCAAUUCCAAUUUUUCCAUGCAAGAUAUCCAGACGGAUCUCUCCCCUUUAGUCAUGCAGUUGGCUCCUAAAGAUUGUGAUGAUGGAGUUCCUAUCCCGUUUAUGGCUGCAAGUGAUGGAAUUAAGCAGCAAACGAUUGUGAACCAGGUUACAUCUGCAUUGACGGGUCCAAUUAUUGUAGAUGAUGUGAUCUAUCAACAGGUUGAUGAUUAUGAUGAUGAUUUAAAAUGCGAUCCAUCUAAGGAUUUGAUAUUCCGUCGCCUUACUUUUCAAAGAUCCCAAAGUUUGGUGCAAUCGGAAGCUCUUUUAUCGAAAGAAGGAUCAAAUGCAAUUUCACGUGAAACAGAAGAAAAUGAUGUGCAAACAGCUUCAAAAACCAAGAAGAAAGGAAAACAGGGAAAAAUUGGUUCUCACUCGUCCACGUCUCAUGCGUCAAACAAUGAAAUGAAAGUCGAUCACAACUAUUUGGCAAGUUCAUACCACAAUGGGAUUAUUUCUGGACUUAUGUUGAUUUCUCUACAUUUGAAAGGUUCUAACUCAGCUGUGGGAAUGGGCAAAACAGCGGUUAUUGGUCUUGGAGCAGGAUUACUACCUAUGUUUAUGAAGAAUUGCCUACCUACUCUAAAUAUCGAGGUAGUUGAGUUAGAUCCUGUGGUUUUGGAUGUUGCUAAACAAUAUUUCGGGUUUAGAGAAGAUGAUCGCUUACAGGUACAUAUAACUGACGGAAUUAAGUUUGUUACGGGGAAAGCAGAUGCUGAAGCAGGAAAACUCGACAUACUUAUAGUUGAUGUGGACUCGUCAGACUCAAGUUCUGGUUUGACCUGUCCUGCAGCAGAUUUCGUAACGGAAUCUUUUCUUCUAGCUGCGAAAAAUUCCCUCUCCGAGGAAGGUUUAUUCAUCAUCAAUUUGGUCUCGAGGUCGUCUGCUGUGAAGGGUGCAGUAUAUUCGAGUUUGAAAUCGGUAUUCGGCAACCUCUUGUCACUAAAACUCGAGAAAGACGUUAAUGAAGUAAUUUUCGCCCUAAAAAAGGACUCUCCCAUAACGGACGAUGAACUUUCUCGAGCGUGUGACGAACUAGUAAAAUCGUUAGAGCUGGAAAAGCACGAGUGGAGCCAAAGAGUCGUAGAUGCUUCCAAGUUGAUCAAGCCACUAAUAUAGAGAGAGAGAGAGAGAGCAAAUUCCUAAUUGUGAUUUUCUCUCUCUAGAAAUAACUUAUAGAUACCAGUUCAGUUUUUAAUCACCCAAAAAUGCGUUUACUCGUAUAUCGACUCUUGUGUAUUGUUUGAGCACAAUAAGAGAACGUAUACUCAAACUCAAAAUACGAACGAAAUUUCAUGUGUUUUUUUUG